AUGGCCUCAGAAUCGCCUAGGAAGUCUACGCGUGCCGCUGCGACGCGCAGAAGAGCCCCCGUUAUUGAUUCGGACGAUGAGAACAGGACACCAACACCAGAAGUCAAGAACGAGGAAGAGGAAGAGGAGUUCACACCUGCGCCCGCGCCCCUCAAGACGGGAAGAGGACGAGGAAGACCGAAGAAGGCUCCAGCCCAAGAUGCAGAGGCAACACCCAAACCGGCAGCCAGACGGCGGACCCGUGUAACAGAGUCGGCUGAGCCGACUCAGAUGUUCACCCCCGCCCCGGAGAGCAGUAGACGAGCAGCCUCACCUUCAAAGGCUGUACCUAAGAAACGUGGGAGGAAGCCUCGUGCUUCUGUAGCACCGCCUCCGGCCGAAGAAACCUCGCAGCUGAUCACACCUGAGCCCUCAGUGUCUCCCGAACCCGACCAGGCUCCCGAGGCCGCCGAAGUCACCGAAGCCACCGAAGCCACUAUCACACCAGGCUCGCCAAUGGAAGAUGUUGUAAUGGGCAAUACUGAGGAGGAGACAACUCCUGUACCAGAGCCUCAGCCUGAGCCUCAGCCAGAACCUGCUGCUGAGAUCACACAAAUAGAGGCAAAAGAGGAGACACCCGUACCAGAGGCAGAAACAGAGGUUGAGCCAAUACCGAACCCUCAGCCACCGGCCAAGGUGAUGGAGGAGCUAAACACACAACAGACCAUGCUCGAACCAAUAGACAUUGUCGUGAAGAGGCGGGCGGCUGCCCUACCAGCGAUGCAUGAGCCUGUGGCGCCGGCACAACGGACAGUAAUCACCUGGCUUGUCCUAAACAACUUCAAGAGUUACGCAGGCAGGCAGGAAGUUGGACCCUUCCACGCGUCCUUUUCCUCCGUAGUCGGGCCAAACGGUUCCGGCAAAUCGAAUGUUAUCGAUUCGCUCCUCUUUGUCUUCGGUUUCCGUGCAAGCAAGAUGAGACAGAGCAAGCUUUCCGCCCUCAUCCACAACUCAGCCGCGUUCCCAGAUCUAGACUACUGCGAAGUUGAAGUCCACUUCCAGGAAGUCAAAGACCUCCCAAAUGGCGGCCAUGAGGUCAUCCCUGGUUCACAGCUAGUGGUCUCCCGAAGAGCGUUCAAGAACAACUCUAGCAAGUACUACAUCAAUAGGAAGGAGUCUACCUUCACCAUUGUUACAAACCUCCUUAAAGACCGGGGGGUUGAUCUGGACCAUAAGCGUUUCCUUAUUCUACAAGGUGAAGUUGAAUCCAUUGCGCAGAUGAAGCCAAAGGCUCAGGGUGAACAUGAUGACGGCCUCCUCGAGUACCUGGAAGACAUCAUUGGUACUUCCAAGUACAAGACACCCAUCGCAGAAUCUGAAGUGGAAGUCGAGAGCUUGAAUGAGGUUUGCCGGGAAAAGAGCAAUCGUGUGCAGCACGUGGAGAAGGAGAAGAGUGGCCUAGAAGAGAAAAAGAACAAAGCCCUCGCUUACAUUCGCGACGAAAACGAGCUGGCUUCGAAGCAGUCUACGCUUUACCAAAUCUACAUUUCCGAGUUUGACGAUCAUAUACAAGUCACCCAGGAAUCUGUAGGGCAACUCCAGGCUCAAUUGGAUGAAGAGCUUCAAAAGCACCAAGGCAAUGAAGGGGAGAUCAAAGAGCUUGAAAAGCAAUACAAAAAGGGUGUCAAAGAGUGCGAACAGCUCGAAAAGAGGAACCAGGAAUUCCAAAAAGAGGUUGCACGGAUCGACAAGGAGACUGUCAAGUUUGAGGAGAAGAAGAAGUUCCUGGCCGGCAAGCAAAAGAAGCUAGAGAAGACCAAAGAGACAAGCUACUAUGGUCGCUCCGAAGCGGAGAGUCUCGCAAAACAGUAUGGCGAGGAUCUUGAACGCUACAACGCGGAGAUUGUUGAGCUCGAGGAAAGCAUGAAGGUUGAGGAGAAGGAGCUCGAAGCUGUUCGUAAGAGUUUGGCCGGCAAAACACAAGGUCUCUCGGAUGAGAUUGCAGCCAAGCAGAAGACUCUCGAACCUUGGAACGCCAAGAUUAACGAAAAGCAAUCAGCCAUCGCAGUCGCACAGAGUGAACUGGACAUAAUGCGCGAGCGGGAGAAUGCAGGUGCCAAGGGUAUCGCUGAAGUCGAAGCAAAGAUCGAGAGCCUGCAAGAAGCGAAGGAGGCUAAGGCUACCGAGCUUGCUGAGUGCAAAGCUGAAAGGAAGCGCGUUGAGAAGGACGUCCAAAAGACACAGGCUAAGCUCGAGGAGAUAAUUCAAAAAGAGCCGACACUGAGGUCAAAGCUUUCGGGCGCAAGAGCAAAGGCAGACGAAGCUCGCGCCAGCCUUUCAUCUGCCCAAACCCAAGGCAAUGUCCUGACAGGACUCAUGCGCUUAAAGGAGUCUGGACGUAUCGAUGGAUUCCAUGGCCGACUUGGAAAUUUGGGUACUAUUGACCAGAAGUAUGACGUGGCUAUAUCCACGGCGUGCCCCCAAUUGGAUAACAUGGUCGUGGACACGGUAGAGUCUGGCCAGCAGUGCAUUGAAUACCUACGAAAAAACAACCUUGGUCGCGCCAACUUCAUUCUCUUGGACCGUCUCGCCAAGCGUGACAUGUCGCCUGUUCAGACCCCUGAAAACGUGCCCCGUCUCUUUGACCUUAUCAAGCCCAAGCACGACAAGCUCAAGCCCGCCUUCUUCCAGGUCAUGACCAACACGCUCGUAGCAGAGGAUCUCGAUCAAGCUGAGCGCAUCGCAUACGGCGCAAAGCGGUGGCGAGUCGUCACCUUGGAUGGCAAGCUCAUUGAUACUGCGGGUACCAUGAGUGGUGGUGGAAGCCGCGUCGUCAAGGGAAAGAUGUCGUCUAAGCUUGCAUCAGAUGUCUCAAGAGACCAAGUCGCGAAGCUAGAGCAAGAUCGUGAUACGCUGGAGCAGGCUUUUACUGAGUUCCAGCAAGAGCUGCGGGAACUUGAGACUUCGCUGAGAGAUCUCAACCAGCAGAUCCCAGAACUAGACACCAAGUCGCAGAAGCUGGCUCUUGAGCUGGAGAGCUUUGAUCGUAACAUCGCAGACUGCCAGCGUCGUAUUCAGGAGCUGGGUAGUGAACAGACUUCCACAAAGACCGACAAAGGCCGUAUCUCUUCCCUAGAAAAGAGUAUCGCAUCCAUGGAGAAGGAGGUAUCUAAGCUUCGUUCUGAGACAGAGGAUAUUGAGGCAGAGAUCAAGGCUCUUCAAGACAAAAUCAUGGAGAUUGGAGGAGUAAAGCUGCGUGGUCAGAAGGCCAAGGUCGACGGCUUGAAAGGACAAAUCGAUACAUUGACCGAGCAGGCAUCUAAUGCUGAGGUCUCAAAGUCCAAAGAGGAGAAGCAGCGGGCUAAACACGAGAAGGCACACGCUGAUGCUAUCAGAGAGCUUGAGAAGCUUGCGGUCGAUGCAGAAAAGGUCGAGGAAGAUAUGGCCUCACAGCAACGCGACGUCUCAGGUAUCAGACAACAGGCCGAGGAGGCGCAAGAAGAGCUUGAAACCAAGAAAGAGGAACUGCUGGUUGUCAAGAAGGAACUCGACGAGAAGACGACUGAACUCAACGAGACGCGUGCAAUUGAGAUUGAGAUGCGAAACAAGCUUGAAGAGAAUCAAAAGACCCUCAAUGAGUUCCAGAGGAAACAGACCUAUUACCACGAGAAACUAAGCAAGCUCGCAUAUCAGAGCGUAACUGAUCUUGGUGACGAGCAGGAAGGCUCCGGUGAAGGCCUGCCCUCCUACAGCAAAGACGAGCUCGAAGACAUGGACAAGGCCGCCCUCAAGGAGCAGAUUGCCCACCUUGAGAAGAAGAAUGAGUCGACGCAAGUCGAUUUGUCCGUCCUCGCCGAAUAUCGCAAGCGUGUUGAAGAACAUGCUGCUCGAUCCAGUGACCUUGCCACCGCUAUCAGCGCUCGCGACGCUGCAAAGAACAAGUGCGAAGAGCUCCGACGUCUCCGAAAAGAAGGUUUCAAAGCUGGCUUCGAUAUCAUCACCGCGCGUCUCAAGGAGAUGUACCAAAUGAUCACUAUGGGUGGCAACGCCGAACUCGAAUACGAAGAUACGCUUGACGCCUUUUCCGAGGGCAUCCGCUUCUCUGUCAUGCCCCCAAAGAAGUCCUGGAAGAACAUCAGCAAUUUGUCUGGUGGUGAAAAGACGUUGUCAUCACUGGCACUUGUCUUUGCGCUUCAUCACUACAAGCCUACGCCGCUCUAUGUUAUGGACGAGAUUGAUGCGGCGCUUGACUUCCGCAAUGUGAGCAUUGUGGCAAGUUACAUCAAGGAGCGGACGAAGAACGCGCAGUUUAUCGUCAUUUCACUCAGGAACAACAUGUUUGAGCUCGCGAGUCGGUUGGUGGGUGUUUAUAAGGUUAAUCAUAUGACGAAGAGUGUUACGAUUGAGAACAAGGACUACAUUACUGGUCGGGCUUGA